AACCUCACAGGUGACUUCCAUCUGUGCUUGGUUGCUGGAACAAUGGGAGCUGUUCGGACCAUUCUCGUUUGUCUGCUGGCUGUUUGGCUUGCUGGAGUCAGUGGAUUGAAUCACAGACAGAAUAAAGUGCUGCAGAGGGAAAAGACAGGUCUUGGAGCCAAUGAUGGUUCAAUACAGAGAGCGCUUGUCCUGCUCCAGUCAAUAUUGACUCAAAAUGUUGAUGAAGUACAACAGGAAACUAAUGAAGUGGAUACUGAAGCAUCAGUUGGAAACUUGAAAUCUGGAUUGCCUUUGAAAAAGCCAAACAACGUUAAAACCGUGAAGGGAAAAACUGGAGUCAGUCAGAAUGUUGGUUUCCAGGGAGGUUUCUCUAAACCGAGUGACUCCAACGCCACGGCGGGCGGCCUGCCGACUGACUCCAACGCCACGGCGGGCGGCCUGCUGAGUGACUCCAACGCCACGGCGGGCGGCCUGCUGAGUGACUCCAACGCCACGGCGGGCGGCCUGCUGAGUGACUCCAACGCCACGGCGGGCGGCCUGCUGAGUGACUCCAACGCCACGGCGGGCGGCCUGCUGAGUGACUCCAACGCCACGGCGGGCGGCCUGCUGAGUGACUCCAACGCCACGGCGGGCGGCCUGCUGAGUGACUCCAACGCCACGGCGGGCGGCCUGCUGAGUGACUCCAACGCCACGGCGGGCGGCCUGCUGAGUGACUCCAACGCCACGGCGGGCGGCCUGCUGAGUGACUCCAACGCCACGGCGGGCGGCCUGCUGAGUGACUCCAACGCCACGGCGGGCGGCCUGCUGAGUGACUCCAACGCCACGGCGGGCGGCCUGCUGAGUGACUCCAACGCCACGGCGGGCGGCCUGCUGAGUGACUCCAACGCCACGGCGGGCGGCCUGCUGAGUGACUCCAACGCCACGGCGGGCGGCCUGCUGAGUGACUCCAACGCCACGGCGGGCGGCCUGCCGACUGACUCCAGUUCACUAAAUGUGAAGCAGCUGAAGUUGGUGCUGGAAGACUUGACUUUGGCUUUGGAAUCUUACACUGAUUCCACAGUCCUGACACAAUAGCAAGAAAACUGCUUUGCUCUUGAAUAAAACUCUUAACUUCAA